CUUAAGAUCCCAGAGGAAGAUAUCGAACAGAUCCGUUUCGAACGCGUUCACCGCAUCCCUACUAAGAAAAAUACCAGUCAAGGACAGAACUCCAAACCUAGGCCUAUUAUAGCUAAAUUUAGCUUCUUUCAAGACAAGGAGUAUGUGUGGUCUUUUGUUAAAAACUUGAAAAACACUAACAUUUCAAUCGCGAAUGAUUUCCCCCGGGAAAUUGAUGAGAUACAGAAAACGUUAUAUCCCAUCUUGAAAAAGGCCAAACAGAGAAAGCAAACAGCCUAUUUCAAAGUUGAUAAGCUAAUUAUAAACGGGCAAAUCUACAGAGGUGAAGAAACAACCAAUCUCCCAUACUACGGUCUCAUUAUGGACACAAGAAACAGCGGAAACUAA